UCCAAAAUGGCGGCGAACUUUUGGCUUUCUUCGCACUGCAAUCAAUGGCUCCUUGACCGUGAAGAAAUCGAACUAGAAAGGCAGCGAGACUACCAAAAUCUUAAAGACGACGACUACAAGAAGAUACAGAUCUUUUUUAUCAAUUUCAUGCAAGCUUUAGGAGAACAUUUGAAGCUACGCCAACAAGUAAUUGCAACUGCCUCUUUGUACUACAAAAGAUUUUAUGCAAGAAAUUCUUUGAAAAACAUUGAUCCUCUUCUUAUGGCUCCGACGUGCAUGUACUUAGCUCACAAGACGGAGGAGUGUGGUGUGAUAUCUAACAGUCGUUUUAAUGCUGCUUGUAACGCCGUGGUGAAGAACAAAUUCUCUUUCGCUUUUCCCGGGGAUCAGUUUCCGUACAGAAUGACCCAGGUUCUUGAGUGUGAAUUUUUUUUACUUGAGAUGAUGGACUGUUGCUUGAUUGUAUACCACCCUUACAGACCUCUUACCCAGUAUGUUGCUGAUCUUGGAAUGGAAGAUGCAAUUCUGCCAAUUGCGUGGCGCAUUUUGAAUGAUAGUUUACGAACAGAUGUCUCUCUUAUCUAUCCCCCUUACCAGAUUGCAUUGGCUGCCAUUUACAUGGCUUGUGUCAUUCAACAGAAAGAUUCCAAGCAGUGGUUUGCAGAACUAUCUGUUGAUAUGGACAAAGUACUGGAAAUCACACAGGAAAUCUUACAGCUGUAUGAACUGUUUAAGAGCUAUGAUGAAAGAGCUGAAAUUUCUGCAGUACUUAGCCGAGCUCCAAGACCAAAAGUCAGGCCAACGUCUGCCACACCCGGACAGACUCCAUCUCCUGUACCACCAGAAUCCUGACUAGGAACUCUAUGAUGUUCUUUCUUACCUUUCAAAAACAUUUUGGCCAAAAUAUCUUUAACACUUUCACUCCCAAGAUCUCAUUAGCAAUUCCCCUUUCUGUU